GAUUUGAAAUAAGGGCAUUUUUAAAAUUUCUCCAUAUUUAUUAAUUUUACUAGCUAGGAGACCAGCUCAAUAGCACAGAAAUUUUGAAUAAGACUGCUAUUAUUACUUGUAGAAUCUCAGAUGGACGCAUUUUAAGAAUAGAAUAGAAUAGGUCAUCAAGAUCACCAUGUGGGCCGAGUCUUGUACAAUUCAGCAGCUGACUAUGUCGUUUUGGUUCUAAUUCUACUUCUAUUAAUUAUACAACCUAUUCUUUAAUUUAUUUUUAUAAAUACCAUCACAUAGCUGCCUACUUCGCAAUCCAAUCCACUCCAAACCACAAAAUCUUUGCUUUACUUCCAAAAACCAAAGAAAAAGAAGGAAAAAAAAAGCGCUAACUAAAACUACAAUGUCAGCUUUACAAACCUCGUCUCUCAUAUUCUCUUCUCCUUCGUAUUCAAAGAGAACCAAUGCCGCUAUCCAUGUCCCAAAGCUUCCAAAUGUCCGUUUCACAGUUCCAAAACAAUCAUCCUUAACUUUAACGAAGCAGCUGGUUAUUGAAGAAUUGAAUAACUUAAAGCAAGGAUUUAACACCCAAAACGACGAGUCCAAUAAUGGCCGUCAUCACAAUGCUACAGCAUCUACAUCAGCCAUUACAGCCCAGCUCUACGCCAUACUCGAGGCCGUCAACGACAGAGUUGAGAUGCACGAUAACAUUGGCCAGCAGCGAGACAACUGGAACACCCUUCUGUUGAACUCCAUCAACAUGAUCACUCUAACCGCUACAACCAUCGCCGGAGUUGCGGCGGCGGCGGCGGCUCCUGGAACGACCCUUUUGGCUUUGAACGUUUCUUCAACUCUGUUGUUCUCCGCUGCCGCCGGGAUAUUGCUGGUGAUGAACAAAAUCCAGCCGUCUCAACUAGCCGAGGAACAACGCAACGCUUCCAGAUUGCUCAGAAAUAUCAAGACCCAGAUAGAGACUGUCCUCGCUCUUCGUUCUCCGACCGAGUUCGACGUUAAAAACUUCAUGGAUAAGGUCUUAUCUUUAGAUAAAGCUUACCCUCUUCCCCUGCUUGGAGCCAUGCUCGAAAAGUUUCCUCAACAGUACGAGCCAGCUACUUGGUGGCCUUCGAAACGAUCCCCGAAGGGACAAAACGAAUCGUUUCAAGCGGGAAAGAAGAGCAAUAAUGGUUGGAACGAGACCCUUGAGGAAGAAAUGAGAGAAGUUAUUCAAGUUGUGAAGACAAAAGAUAGAGAAGAUUACGAGAGGUUGGGAAACUUGGUUUUAAAAAUAAACAAAGCAUUGGCAAUAUCAGGACCUUUGCUUACCGGCAUUGCCGCCGUUAGCUCUCCGUUUGUGGGACAUGGAGCAUGGGGAGGUGUUCUUGCAGUGACUGCCGGUGCUCUAGCUAGCGCCGUUAACGCAUUUCAGCAUGGUGGACAAGUAGGGAUGGUGUUCGAACUGUACAGAAACUGUGGAGGUGCUUUCAAGCUUGUGGAAGAAGAGAUUGAAGCUACCAUUGCAGAAGAAAACUUUGAGAGAAGAGUAAACGGGGAGUUGUUCAAACUGAAAUUAGCUUUAAAAUUAGGAAGAAGCUUGUCGCAAUUGGAUGAGCUUGCUGCAAAAUCUGCUUCGUCACGUGCCAAUGGAACCGCCAUUGACGAAUUCGCUAGCAAGCUUAUCUGAGUCGAUUUUUUAUUUAUUUUAUUUUUUAAAUUCUUUGAUUGACAGAUUCUUUGUAAAAAUAUAACAUACGUGCAUUAACGAUAACGUUCCUUCAAGUUUGUACUAUAGUAAUGAAUAGACUAUAUACAUCAAUUGUUAA